AGCCCAGCACAAUGCGUGUCAGAGAUCUGUCUGUGCGAUACAAGAGUAGAUGUGUGCUCCUAAUCUAGUUUAUCACUGAACUGCGAGAGAGAUAUUCGAGAAAACACGACUCACACCACAACCUCAGUCAACGCGAGGCUUUCCAAUGCCAGCGAUUAUAAGUAAAAAUUCCGACAUGGAGUUCGACUCUCUACAACCCUGCUUCUACCCGGGCGAGGAUGACUUCUAUUUCUGCGGUCCCGACUCUGCGCCACCCGGAGAGGACAUCUGGAAGAAAUUCGAGUUGCUCCCCACGCCGCCCCUCUCCCCGAGCCGAGCGGCGCUACCGGGGGAGCUGGCCUUCGCGUCCGGGGGGGACAGGGGCGACUCGGCAGCAGGUCCCAUGGGCUUUGGAUUAGGCGACCCGCUGGGCUGCGACUGGGCUUCAGAGCUCCUACUCCUGCCCGAAGACGAUAUUUGGGGCGUGUCGGACGGAGACCUGUUCGGCGGCUGCUCCGCUUUGGAUAGUAACCCCAACUCCAUCAUCAUUCAGGACUGUAUGUGGAGCGGCUUCUCGGCCAGGGAAAAGCUCCAGAGGGUGGUCACAGAAAAGUUAGGCAAAGCCAUCUCCACCGCGGCUGCCUGUGGAGUUAGUAAAAAUGUCACUACCGCUACCGCCACCACAACCAAGGCGCCGGAGCUGAGUGUGGACCCCACGAUAGUCUUCCCCUUCCCCAUCAACAAAAGAAACGGUAGCACCAACAGCAGAUGUCCACCUGGGACGAUCUCCGCCUCUACUGCGCACUGUAGCGCAGAGGAAACGCCGAGCGACUCCGAAGAAGAAGAUGAUGAUGAAGAUGAGGAGGAGGAGGAAGAUGAAGAUGAAUCGGACGGCGAAGAGAUCGAUGUGGUCACCGUGGAGAAGCGGCGCGGUUUGUCGCCCAUGGCGACCGGCACUGUCACCAUCUCGGUGCGGUCGAAGACGGGCGGCGCUUCUGGGGCCGUGGCCUCAUCUGGUGUCGUGAGCCGAUUUGUCAGCAACCGGGGGUCGGCGGGGUCAAACGGUCACGGUCAGGAGCUGAUCCUCAAGCGGAGCUCGGUCCACCAGCAGCAGCACAACUACGCCGCUCCCUCGCCGUAUGCCUCUGACGACGACCACGCGCCCCCCUCCAAGAAACACAAGUCCUCUAACGCUCCUCGUCAAUACUCCCGUGCCCCCUCAUCAUCAUCAUCCUCGACAUUCUGCAGCUCCCUGACUAUGCCGUCAUCAACAAUGCCAGGUUCUAGGUCCAAACGCAACACCAGCGGUGACAGCAGCCCACGCAGCGGCGGCGGCUCCUCCGGUAACUCCGACUCCGAAGACUCCGAACGGCGGCGAAACCACAACAUCCUGGAACGCCAGCGGCGCAACGACCUGCGCUCCAGUUUCCUCACGCUCCGCGACCACGUGCCCGAGCUGGCGAGGAAUGAGAAGGCGGCCAAGGUGCUGAUCUUGAAGAAAGCGGCGGAGUAUGUGUCUUCGCUGGAGACAGACGAGCUGCGGCUGACGCAGGAGAAGGACAGGCUGCAGGUGCGGAGGCAACAGCUGAUGAGGCGACUCGAGCAGGCCAGGACUCGCUAAGAAUUUUUAGUGGCACAUAAUGCAUACAUAUACACACAGACAUAGACACAACACACACAUAUAUAUAUAUAUAUAUAUAUAUAUAUAU